GGACAAACGGUCAGUUUGCUCCGCGGAUCCAAGGGCUGCAAUAUGCAUGUUCCUGAAGAGCGCUUUGGUGGGACAAGUUAGGAACUCGUGGUUGGUUUCGAGAAGAUGUAAAACGCAGCACGCUACCUGUAGAUACCAUUGUUCGGCAUCAUGUAUUACCAGGUGCAAUGAUGCAAGCAGUUUGUUUAAAAAACGCGGAACACAGGUAUGGUACGUAAACACGUGUGUAUUAUAUUACCGUGUCCGUGAUGUACUUCAUGGGGAAUGAAAGGUGGGAGCGGCAGUAAUUUCUCCGCAUCCAACAAAGUCAAGCGGCGAGACCUAACAUAUCAUUCCGGAUUUUCCAACGAGAUACGACGUCAGAACAACGUAGUUCGAACCUCAACUCUAUGUAUCCUUCGAGAUAACGGUUGAUUGCACCAGCACCCACCUAGCAAGAAGCGUGUUCUUUACUUGCUGCUACAUCGAUACGGUUCGGUGUAGACGAUAAAACCAGAUGGAACUGUUUUCCUUUUUACAAUUCGAGUUCUCCAGCGUCAUGGGAGCCCACCCCGAGAAACUUCUGGGACGAGACGAGAAACCCGGAACUGCAGCAGGAGAACCAGUGGAAGCGAUGAGUGAGAUGAUGAAGGGCAUGAUGGAGCUGAAGCAAAUGAUUGAGAAGGACACGAUCGUCAACGCCGAAGCUCUGGAAAAGCUGCCUUCCAUUGACAUGUCGUCCUUCCUAGACACACUGCGAUCCAUCAUCACCGCAAAGUUUGAGUUGCUCUCUGGCCUCAUUGGAGGCAUUGGAGGCGGCUCCAGUUUCGGCAACCUUCUGCCGGUACUGCCAGGAGGUUCCUUGUUUCCUGGGCUUCCCGAACUCAAUCUAGGUGGUAUUCCUUCUUUGAUUCCUGGCCAAACAGCAUGAUCGGGCAGCAACCGUUUUUCGUAUAGGAUGCCCGCUCUGGAUUCCUCCCUGUUUGAGGGCUCGUGCGUGACUUUUUCCCGAACGCUGUUGGUGUUCUUCACCGUUUGACUUCUCUCUCCGGAAAACAUUUUGUCAAACCUUUACCAGUUUUGCAUCCGGAUUGACACCGAGGGAAACUAAACAUGACUCACAACUGCCGCA